AUGCGGCGGAUUGCUGCGGCAGGUGUCUCUAAGCAUCUGCGGCGUGCGCUGGGGUUUCUUUCACUUGUGAACGCCCAGACGGCUCUUCGGAAUUCGGCGCCGCUUGAGAGCGAUGCUGCGAGUUUCGCCGAGUUCUUUUGUGUUCCCAUCUCACUAGACACUGGCGUUACGGGAAGUGUGCGAUUACACUACGAACGUGCAUUGAAAGAGGCAGAGGAGCAGCAGGACACACUCGCUGUGCGCUUACAGGGAGAGGAGGAGCGCCGCUGUGUGGAUUUGCCUGUGUUUUUGUACUCGUAUGAUCUCCAGUCAAAAUAUUUUCAUUUCUUCUCUGUAGAUCGCGAUCGGGUUGUGGUGAGUGCCGCCGUGGAGGCGCACGCAGAUGCACCAACAGUGGCGGAUGAACUCAUGCAACACACACGCGGAGUCACACAAGUUGUGUUGAUUCCACUCGUCGCACACGAGAAGGAACGCAAUGUACUCGCACCGCAGUUCCGUCGACUUGCGGAUGAACUGCGGCGCUGUGGCAUUAUUCCAUUAACACACGUAGAUAGUCUCGAGAUGGCAGAAACAUUAGAUCCUAAUCCCCCACCAUUGCGUGAGGUUGUGGGGAACUACGCCGUAGUUACACCAAAGCCACUAAGUGAAGCCUGGUUUCGUGCACACUGGAUUUACUUGCGUACACUAGCAUGUAGAAUGAACGAGGAAGAUCCUAUUCACACCAUUAACCGCUUUAUUGUGCCUCGGUUUGAUGUUUUCAUUAUUCACCUGGUGCGUUCCGGUUCACGUGGUCUUAAUGUUCUCCUGUGGGAUCCCGUCCGCAAGCGACGGUAUGGGGCGAAAGGAAUGUUGUCAGACAUCCUCGCAUGUCUGCUGGAGCGACACUCAAAGCAUGUAAUAUUUCUUCCCACAAAUAGAACAGAUCGCCCAACAUUAAUGCGAUGCCGUACUGCCCUAGCAAAGUCUGGACGUGAAUGUCAGUUAGUGUUUGCCUCAGAGUUGGGUGAUAAGUACCGCGGUGUGUAUCAAUCGGAACCUGCACGAUACUGGUCCGCUCUACGCGAUGUCUCUGGUGGUCUGGACGCAGAUUUUCUUUUUGAGGUUUAUGCCGCAGCAGGAAAUAAUAUACGCAAUUUCCAUAGAAAACGAUUAAAGGAGGGAGAGUAUAAAACUUUAUUACGGUCAAAUACUGAUAAUACUACGACAAAUGUUUCUAGUUCUUUAGUUGAUAAGUGGCUAAAUAUUUUUUCUCUCCCACAACGUGUGUCGAAAGAAAAAGCAGAAAUUCGAAAGUACAAAAGAUAUCUCCUUAUUUCAUAUAUGGCAACAGAAUCGGUUGCAUAUACACGACCUGCGAAUCCUCAUUCAUCGAAAAACUAUAUUCUUGCAGUAUGUAUGAUGGAUGCAAAAAAACGUGUGGUAGAACCAUGGACAAAGUACAAUGCACGAGGAGAUUUUAAGUUACCUUCACUAGAUGAAUUUGAUGUUAUUGUUUGUCAUGAUGCCAAACAUUUUUUACUCUUAGUAUGGGAUGAUUUAGAACUUAUGCGCUUCUUUAAGCGUGGAGGAAGAGUAUGGUGUACAAUGUUAGCAGAAUAUUUAUUAGAGGCCCAGCGAUGUCAGACAGGUAAUAACAGUUUUCGUGAUAUUGCAUUAAAGUAUGGUGUGGUGACCCCACCAUCUUCAGUUGUGGGAAUCACUGCUUCAAACUUACCAUUUGCCUUUCUUCGACGAUAUUUAAUGGUAUCAGUGGAUGCUUUGAAUACUGUAUUUCGUGAUCAGCUUUUAAAGGCAUGUGAACGGAGUCAAAUGAUAUGUAUCGCCCAUCGUAUGGAUUCCUUACUUUCGAUGGCUGCUAUUGAGCGUGCUGGUAUUCAAGUUGAUGCAAAUGAAGCUUCUUACCAAGCACAAGCUAUUCAAAAUCGAAUAUUGGCUAUUGAUAAGGCUCUCUCUCUAUAUGUUCCGAAUGAAUUGCCACUUGAUUUACAUAAAUUUUUUGAUUGGACAUCAUUACAACAUUUAAACGCCUUUUUCUUUGGAGGGAGUAUUAGACUUGGAUACGCUAAUGUUUUACAGGAUUCCUCUAUGUGGACCUCCAAUCUCAUUCAGUUCUGCCACAAAUACGGCAAUCUUUCACUACUCUCUACUGACGUACACUUACAACGUUUUGCUAAUGAGAAGGGACUGCGAACAUCAGGUCGUCUGGGACAGCGCAUUUCAAAACUUAUAGCGAAUGAUGAAAGUAUGCAGGGACGCAGAUUUCGAUUAGUACUCUUUGAUAUUGAAUCUACCGGUCUAAAUGCAGGAACAGAUGAAAUAAUUGAGGUUGCCGCAUGGGAUCCAGUUGAGGGAACCUCCUUUUCUUCACUUGUGAAUCCACAGCGGUCUAUUCCACGACAUACAACAGCCAUUCAUCAUAUUACAGAUGAUAUGGUGCGUGAGGCACCCCAUUUACCAGAAGUGACACGUGCUUUCGCGAAGUAUUUACGCCUCGAUGACGCCCAGCGUGACAUAAAUGAGGUUGUAGUUCUCAUUGGUCACAAUGUGUUUGCUCUAGAUGAACCACUCCUACGACGGGCACUUGAGCGUGAGAGUGUUGAUACAGCAAAUAUUCUUUUUUGUGAUUCGCUUGUGCUACUAAAGGCUCUUAAACGUGAAUUACAAGGUUCAAAAGAGAAUCCCAAGAUGGACCGCGGUGUGCUUGAAACUCUCACGACGUCACUUCGUCUUUCUUCACUGGUUGAAGGGCUACGCGUGGAGGCCGAUGGUGAGUUGCACAGAGCGGAAACAGAUGCAAAAACAUUGUGGUUUGUCCUUGUGAAUGCACUUGGUCUAGCAGGACGCGAUGCGGAGAAACAACGUGAUGCGGUAUUUAGUCAUGCUGCACGUACACUAGUGGUUUACCCUGGUGUUGGUUGUUUCCUCCCAAUGGAGCGCCGGAGGGACUGUACCGUAGUGCGACUCCCUGGUGUGGCAUCAGAGGUGAUCGAGAGCCCACAGCUUUUGACAUUAUUGCAGAAAAAUAUGAUUAGCGAAUCAACCUUGCAAACUCUGCAACGUCAUAAUCUCAAAGUGGCCGGACUCCUUUUGGAGAAGCAAAAUUUAGAACGGCGAUCAGGACGAUUUCUUCAUGCAGGCACAGAUGGAAGACUAUCUGUUUUGCAUGAUGAUGGUAAGGUGCGACAGUUUAUUGAUCUCACAGCAACCGCCACCUCUCGUACGACAAGUUCCUACCCCAGUUGUCAAAACAUACCAAAAGAUGAUAAAUCAUCAUUACGACGUCUUUUUAUUUCUCGUUUUGGUGAUAAGGGACGGUGUGUAGAAUUGGACUACUCACAAUUAGAAAUUGUUGUCAUGGCCCUUCUCUCAAAGGACAAACGUCUAGUUUCAGAUUUAAAAAAAGGUGUGGAUUUCCAUAUUAAACGGGCAUCAUUUUUCAGUGGAUUAUCAUAUGAAGAGAUUUACAAAGGUUACACUCGAGGAAAUCCAGAAUACGUGAAAUUACGUAAAACCGCCAAGACAUUUUCGUUUCAGCGUUUGUAUGGAGCUGGUGUUCCCCUACUUCACAAGACAACUGGUAUUCCUGUAAAGGAUCUUGAAGCCUCUAUUCGUAUGGAAGAAGAAGAGUAUCCAGGUGUCGCAAAAUUUCAUCAUCUUGUUCGUACACUUGCCUUGCGUGCAAAUAAUCCAGGUCUUCCGACACACUUUGUUGUGGAGCUUCCUACUGGCCUUCGAAUGAGUUUUAAAACACGAGAUGUUGUGCUAAACUUACCACCAGUUAAAAACUACCCUAUUCAAGGAUUCGGAGCUGAACUCGCCCAGAUGAUGGUUGGACGUGUAUUUAGACAUUUUGUACGAAGAGAUUUUUUUGGACAAAAGGCGUUUAUGAUAAACUUUGUGCAUGACUCACUGUGGCUGGAUUGUCAUGUUGAUGUGCUUGAGGAGUGUGUGCGGGAGACGCGCGAUCGUCUGACGGAAGUGCAGACGCACGUAGCGAAGGCAUUUCCCGGGGUGGAGCUGCCGCUGCCGCUGCACGUGACGGUACAGUGUGGAUUGGAUAUGAGUUCCAUGGAGACUAUCAAGGACGAUUUUACUUGCGUGGAGGCGCAGCAGCGGCUGAGAACAGCGGAGUGGGAGAAAUUGACAUUGCCGUCGCCCAGCCUCGACGUGGAAGUGGCGAAUACCAUAGAUACACACACCUAG